AGUGCCUCUUUUAAUGUUAACGCCCUAAAAGUACUGCUGUCUGGACUUAGUGCAGCCCGCACCUGUAACACAAUGUCAGGGUCAGUGUGCCAAGAUAUUUCAAAGCUCUACCAGCGUGCUCAUCUGGAAUGCCAUGGUACACCACAGAGGUUGUACAGCUGCAUGGUGAUACUGGAGAUGUCUGGACCUGUCAAUGGUUGCGCCCUAAAUAUUCUUCUGCAACAAGUCAUUAACAACAGCAGUGGCAUAACAAGAGAAACGCCACUUACCGGCAUGGUGGUUUGUGGUCCUCCUGGUUCGGCUGUCAGUACUCUGUUGACAUCCAACCUGACCUGGGUUGCCAGUGACCUGCUGACCUCCGAUGUGUGCCAACCUGACCCCACUCUGCUUAAAUGUGAGGCAAAUGAGAGUCUUGCUGUACUUCUGACUGACAGCUGCCCUCCGGAGCCUUCCACAACCAAGCAAAGCACGACGCAACCUUCCAAUCUGAUCAACAGCACUACAACUCCUAAAGCCUUAACACCAUCUGGGACCAACUCUACGGCGGCUGAAAAUACUCCAACAGUUCAAAAUACAAAUACGUCACAAGGAACAGCUCAGCCUAACAUGACUACUCCACUCACAACAAUUAACGUUACACAGUCCUCAACAGCACAGCCUGUCCUCCAAACCAGCUCACAAAACACGACUGUGACUGUCUCUAACAGUACAAUAGUACAAAACACAACUUCAUCUAAUAACACAACACUGUUGACACCCACUGAAAAUACAAAACUGCAAAACACAACCGUAGCACAGCAAAACACAACAUUAUCCUCCAUCAACUCAACACUACAAAUGGCUACUGCUCUUAUUGUUUCAAAGCUUAACACAACUACAUUGUCUCCAAAUCACGCAGCAGAGUACAACGUAACAACAGUCGGCACAGUUAUACAUUCUAACAAUCACACAACAGUGUACAAUGUAACUACAGUUUCACCUUCAACCAAUCACACAACAGCAUACAAUGUAACUACAAUUAGAUCUUCUCCAAAUGAUACAACCAUGUACAAUGUAACUACAGUUGACAAAGUUACACAUUCUGCCAAUCACACAACAAAGCACAAUGUAACUAGGGUUAAACCUUCUACAAAUGAUACUAAAGCAUACAAUGUAACUACAGUCGGUGCAUUUACACCUUCUACAACUGAUACAACAUUGUACAAUGUAACUACAGUUCCCCCUUCAACCAAUCACACAAAAGUGUACAACGUAACUACAAUUACACCUUCUCUGAAUGGCACAACAGGAUACAAUGUAAGUACACCCGACAUAUUUACACCUUCUACCAAUCACACACCAGAGUACAAUUUUACUUCAGCCGGCAGAAACAGAAAAGAAAACAGUACGUUUACGACUAACACAACAGUUAGCACAUUUACGACUUCUCCCAAUCACACAGUAGUGUAUAAUGUAACUAUGGCAACCAAGAAUUACACAACACCCUCUGACAAUUACACAACAGAGGACAACAUAACCAUAGCUGACAGGAAUAUGAACUUACCCAAUGGUACAAUUACAAGUAACGCAACACUAAGCACAUUUACAGCUUCUCCCAAUCACACAAUGGUGAACAAUGUCACUACGCUCUCUAGCAAUUACACAACACUUGAGAAUAUAAACACUACUACUGUUUCUCAAAAGAAAACAGCCACAGACAACGUAACCACUGCACCCAUCAGGGAAAGCCAACAGAACACAACGGCCCCUUAUAAAAACACAACAAUGUCUACCACUGUUGAACAAGAUGAUGGAACUCCUAACAAUGCAACAACAACCACAAAAAACUCAACUGCGGACAAUGUGACGUCUGUUUUCGACAACACCACUAUACCUACAGUUGCUCCACUGAACAACCAGACAGGAAAUUACACCACAGGAGGAGUGACCCACACCGUCUCAACAACUAGCAAAGACAACAACUUCACCACAGCGGCCACUGUCGUCAGUAUCGUCGUCAAUGUCAAUCAAACCGCAGGAAUCAGCUUUAACCUGAGCUCAACUGCAAGCAGUUUAACCGCCGACUUCAACCUGACAACCAAAGGACCAGAAGUCAAUUUGACAACUACAGCAACUAACGCUUCCCUUGAAGCUGCAAAUUCCACCACAACUACUACAACUGUGCAUGGUACACUUCCUGCCCAGAUUAACACCACGACUGCAACGGUUACUUCAUCUUAUUCAACAACAACUCUCCAAACCACCACGAUCUCCAACACUACCACCAAAAAACCUGGAAGUACCUCUACAACCAUCGCAGAGACAACUACAAGCCAAACGGCCCGGGAAGAGCAAGCGAAUGAGCUGCUGAAUCAAACACAGGAUGUGUCUCAACUGAACUCCUCUCAGGUGGCACAGUUGGUAAGGAAGUUAGAGAAGCUUAUGGACUGCCCCACAGUCUCUCAGGCAGUGGGACAGAAGUUGGUCAACAUAAUCAGCAACCUGAUGGAGGCCGACUCACUGGCCCUCUCUGCCUCUGCUAACAGUCUUGUUCACCUGGUAGAUGAUCUGGGUCUUAAACUGGUUGUCACUGGUGACAGCGAGAUCCUCUCUUCAGGUUCGCUGGUUCUGGCAGUGAGGACAGUCGAUGGGACCAACUUUCCAACAACUUCUGUUGACAUUUUCAACACAGAUAAUGUCCAGCUCCGUGCCCUCAGUCGAUCCCGGUCCAAGAGGUCAGGGUCUGCUCUGGGAUCUGUAUUCUUGCCCUCCUCCCUCACCACUGGGCUCAGUCCUGAGCAGCAGAAGCAGGCCAACAGGGUCCAGUUCACCUUCUACACCAAAACUGCCCUCUUCCAGGAUGCAGCAUUAGAUAACAAAACCCUUGUCAGUCCAGUCCUGGCCGCCAGUGUGACCAAUCUGUCAAUAAGCAACCUGAGUGAGAACAUUCAGUUUACCAUCCGAAACAUCAACCCUGAAAACUACACAGCCUCCUGUGCAUUUUGGGACUUUACUCGGAAUGGUGGUGGAGGAGGCUGGGGCUCUGCUGGCUGCUUUGUUGUCAAUUCCACACAGGAAGAAACAACCUGCAGCUGCAACCAUCUUACAUCCUUUGCAAUUCUGCUGGAUUUGUCCAGAGAGGGGAAAAUUGACCGUAAACAGGCGCAAAUUCUUACUUUCAUCACCUACAUCGGCUGUGGAAUCUCUGCCAUUUUCCUCGCUCUCACCUUACUGACAUAUCUUUUAUUUGAAAAAUUGCUGCGGGAUAUUCCUGCCAAGAUCCUGGUCCAGCUCUGCCUAUCCCUCCUCCUCCUCAACCUUGUCUUCUUGCUGGACGGCUGGCUGGCGCUCUACCCAGUGGUCGGGCUGUGCAUUAGCACCGCCUUCUUCCUGCACUACUUCCUGCUGACAUCGUUUACCUGGGCAGGGCUCGAGGCCCUGCACAUGUACCUGAGCAUCGUCCGGGUGUUCACUCCCUACCUCAGCAGAUACAUGCUCAAGUUCUCGCUGAUAGGCUGGGGCCUUCCGCUUCUCGUGGUGAUCACUGUAAUAUCAGUGGACAAAAACAACUAUGGUCUGGUCACAUAUGGAAAAUAUACAGAUGGCACUUCAGACGACUUCUGUUGGCUGCGUAAUGACAUUGCCUUCUAUGUGGGCGUGGUGGCCUACUUCCUCCUGAUCUUUGCCCUGUGCCUGCUGGUCUUCAUCGUGGUUAUGGUCCAGCUGUCCCGGAUCAAGAAGCAGAACCCCCAGAACCAGCCACCCAACAGGGGAGUGAUGACAGAUCUGCGCAGCAUCACUGGCCUCAUCAUCCUGCUUGGCCUCACUUGGGGGUUCUCCCUGUUUGCCUGGGGACCCCUCUACUUACCCUUUGUUUACCUUUUCACCAUAUUCAACUCUCUGCAAGGAUUCCUUGUCUUUGUUUUCCACUGUGCUGUGAAGGAGAAUGUCCGCAGGCAAUGGAGAACUUAUCUUUGCUGUGGGAGUCUGCGAUUGGCUGAGAACUCAGAUUGGAGUCGGAUGGCCACCCAGAACAACAGAAAUAUGUCGGCUACCACAGCAAACACCUCAGCUCCCCACUUCACCUCCCGAAGCUCCUCCGUCAUCAGCAAUGUCACCAAUAGCAGCGGCUCUGUGUUUUGGGACAGUGGAAUAUAUGACGGAUCCAACAGUGACGCUCACCUCAACGAGAUUCACAGACUAAAUCUGUCACCGUAAGGUGAGGCCUGACAACUGUGUCAAGCAUCCAUUUGUGAUUACAAUAAUUAUCUACUCUGAGAGAGCCGAGAGGACAUGGCCAGAGAUUAGUGAUCUCCUGCAGCCCGAGUAAACAGAGAAAAUAAUCAUAGGAGUGAUUGCUCACGAAAAUCCUCAGUGUUGCACAAGAUGGUUUAAUUGGUAUAAUGAAGGACGGAAGAAGUGAGGCGGAAGUACCUGAUGAUUAUGAUUACUGCUUGAGUACAAGUGUGACUUAAUGCCUUUUCUACAUUAACAGUAGAAUAUAUUAACACAGAAAUAAUGUAAGAGACUUUGUUAGCAGUGUGAAGUGUACAUGAUGGUAACAGUGUUUAUUUUAUAUUAUGACAUGUUAAAGACAAAAAAAUUGCAUUUAAUCGUAGCCAAAAACAAACCGCUGUCAACAUUUUAUAGAUUUUUGUGAGGCUAUUUUGCUGUCUUUUGGUAUAUUUCUUUUUUUUUACACAGACAUAAAUGGGAAAAUGAAAAUAUUUCCAGUUUGUUUACAAUGCUCCACUGACUAUUGCCUCUAUAUAUUUUCACUAAGGAGUGUGAAUCCCAAAGCACUCUGGGCACUAUCUUUAGUUGAGACAGGGUGCAUUGAAGGAAAAAAAAAUUGCACACGCCAAAGAGCAACUACUCAAUGUUAAUACCAAAUCGUUUUUGAGGGUGUAUUCCUCCUUUUAAUGUGAGAAAAUGCUUCAUUUCGCUACAGCACAUUGUUGAGGUUACUCAGAGUUGUUAGAUUGUUUUUAUAUUUGAGAUUAUUUUAUUUUGCGUAUAAUAGACAAGAUAUAUGGUCAUGCAGUUUGCUGGAGCAUGAUUAAGAGUGAGGACACAUUGUGCUAAAUGUCCUAGUGCAAGAUUAGUGCAUGCCA